AGGAACUUUGACAUUGUGUUGACUGCUGAGGGUUAUAAGUUUGCGAUUACUGAGGCUUACCCGGCAGAGCCCACGGUUGAUGCUCCUGAGCAGGAGAAAGGGGAGUAUGCCCGGUGGAAAAAGGCUGAUGAGAUGGCGAAGUGUUACAUUCUGGCAUCUAUAUCAAAUGUUCUUCAGCAUCAGCAUCAGUCUAUGAACACUGCGGCAGAUAUACUUCUCAAUCUCAGGAAUCUGUUCGGACACCAGUCUAGGGCUGCUAGGCAAGAGGCCGUGAGUGCUCUGAUGACUACUCGCAUGGCAGAGGGCACACCCGUAAGGGAGUAUGCUCUCAAGGUUAUGGCGCUACUCAAUGAGCUUGAGGUUAUGGAAGGUUUUAUCGACGGGGAAACCCAGGUUGAUAUCAUGCUCCAAUCACUGCCGAAGAGCUUUGAUCAGUUCCGGUUGAACUACAACAUGCACAAGAUGAAUAUAGCCCUUCCAGAACUGUUAGCAGAGCUUCAGUCGGCGGAGGCCUUAUUCACUCAGGCGCCUCACGCACUGGUUGCCAAGCAGGCUGGACCUUCCAGGCCUCACAAUGGCAGGAAGAGAAAGAAGUUUGUAGGAAAGGCAAAGGUGCAUGAUGCCCUGGUGGUACAGCGACCGCCCCCUCAGUCUGUGGCAAAGAAGCAGAAAGGUAGAUGCCACAAGUGCAACAAGUCAGGACACUGGAAGGUCGACUGCCCUCUCCUCAAGAAAGGUAACUCUCUCGUUAAUGUCGUAGAAACAUGUUUAGCGGUUGUAUCUACCAGAACCUGGUGUGUAGAUACUGGAGCCACUGAUCAUGUCUACAAUUCGUUGCAGGGGUUCCAGAAAACCAGGCGGCUUAGGGAGGGAGAGAUCACCGUCUACAUGGGCGAUGCUACGAAAGUGGCAGCUGUUGCAGUGGGAGACGUUACUUUGCCUUUUGAUAGUAGUAUUUUGGUUUUCAGACAUUACCUUUAUGUUCCUAGUUUUAGAAAGAAUCUUUUUUCAGUUUCUAAACUUGUUUCAGAUGGAUUUUCGUUUACGUUUGAUGAAAUGGUUGUUAUUCGUUAUGGAAAGCGUUUCAUUUGUUCUGGUUCAUUAGUUUGCAAUUUAUAU